AAUUAAAUUUGAUUAGGAUAAUAGUUGUAGCAUCUAAAGAAUGCUGUAGUUUAGGAUAUUAAGUUAAUGAUGGGAGCAUUAAAUUAAUCAGUAUUCUGUGACCUAAUUACCUUUUUCUUUCUUAAUCAAUCAAUAUAGAACAACAAAUUAUAAUCUUGUUAGGUCAUUAAACAAAAAAGAAAUUAAGAACUACUUAAAAAAAGAAAAUUCCACCAAAAACAAAAUGAAACUUAACUAUUUGAUUUUUAUAAAAUAUAAAUAUUAUAUAAAUUUAAAAUCUCCACUCUAUUUGCUAAAUAUCAAAUUUAAAAAGAAAAAGAAUCGAACGGUUGAUAUGUAAUUACACCGUUGUUAUCAACCAUCUCAAUCUUGCCACGUGGCCAGUAAUAACAAGAAAGACAGACAGCAUAGCUAUAUGCGAGGACACACAACACAAGUAUGUAGAACAAGAAGAAGAAAGAAACGUAGUAGACAACGAAACGAACAUUUUAACAUACAGCUUCCAGGAAAAAAAGGGGGUCGUUAAUGGAGGAUCAUAUAUUACUGAAGUCACUCCAAAACGCCGGCGUCUCUGUUCCAGGUAAUGUUUCGUCAAUCCGAGAUAUGAAGCCGGAGACUUUGGUCUCGAUCAGUGCUCAGUGUCUUAACCUUUUAGAUCAAACGACGACGUUCCCAUCGUCCUUUCCCGAUUCUUUGGUCGAUAAGUUCAAGAUCUGUACAGAUAUUGCUUUAGCUGUUAAAAGACUUGGUUACAUUGGAGAUAUGACCUACUAUAAGUUCCUAUAUCCAUCUGAAGAGGACUUGUUUAAGUUGGUGAGGUUCUUGGUGGAGAGGCUUUCUGAGUUGUCCAAUGCUGUUAAAAUCCCUGAUCUGAAGGAUAUGAAUGCCAUAAGGAUCAUAAAAAAGGAUGGCUCUACUGACAAUCUGAAGGACUAUAUGGAGAAGGCUAAUGACAAAGGAUUAGAUUGUAAUCAUCAUCAAGAAAAUCUAAAAGACCUUGGCCUUCAAAAUGUAGAACCAGAGUUCUCUGAUCCCAAUGUUGACAAUGCAUCCUUUACUGGGUCAAGAACACUAAGUUUUGGCAAGGACAAACUAACUGGUAUUGCUGGUGGAAACCUUUUGAUUAUGGAAGGAGGAGAGUCAGUAACGGAUGACUUUGGAAGUAAAGAAAUUGCUCGGGAAGAUGAUAAGCACCAGUCGUCAAAGAUAAGAGAUGAGAGUGAAAUAUUGCAAAAUCAAAAGAAAUUUCUCAUUGAGGAGGUGACUGCAAGGAUUUCAGAAAUACAGAACCUUGAAGAAGAGUUUCAGUUGUUAAAAGCUGCAUCAGAAAUGGCAUUUGAUGACCAACAUCCUAUUGAUUUCUACCUGGAGCAGCUAAACGAUCAAGUGGAUUCCAGAAAACUUAAUAUUAUGGAAUUGGAUUCACAGUGGGAUGCUUUCAGAAAGCCAUUGGAAGAGAAAAAGAUAAGCCUAGAAGAAUCCCUCUAUGCAAACAUACCAGAGGCUCGAGAGAAGCUCCAAAAGUUAAGGGAAGUUGAGCUGGAAAGAGAGUCCAUCUUGUCCGAGAUUAGGAGGGAGGACGAACAUUCAAAACUUUCUGUGGAUCUUAAGAAGCAAUCUGGCUUGCCAUCUAGAACUUCCUAUAUAGAGCGGAUAAAGGAGAUUACUAAGAACAGCCGGAAACAGGAUGCUGAUAUAGAGCGUAUUUUAAAAGAAACCCGAGAGCUUCAGUUAGAAAGUAACUCUAUCCAAGAUCGCCUUCACAGAACCUACACGGUUCUGGAUGAAUUAGUGUUCAGGGAAGCAAAGAAAGAGCCAGUAGGGCGUCAAGCAUAUAGGCUCCUCACUAGCAUACACGAAUGCUUCGAACAGAUUUCUGAGAAAAUCCUAUUGACUGACAGAAUACAGAGAGAGAUGGUGGAACAUGAAAAGAAGUUAACAGCCAUGGCCACACGAAGCUUAAACAUAGACAAGCUGCAAGCUGACCUUGAUGCCAUCAGAAAGGAAAAUGAAAACCUUCAGCAGCAACUUCAAUUUGCUGAGCAGUAGCAUAACUUGGCUAUGAUUGUUUCUUGGUAUUUGAAUUUGCAUACGAUAAGAUCUUUAUAUUCAGCUUAUAAAAUGGAGAUAACAAAAUAUUCAUUUAUGAUCAAA